ACAAUGCAACACAGAAAUGAACACACUUAGAUCUCUACGUUUAUUCCCAAACCCAAACCCAAACCCAAACCCACUCUCACUCUCUUCUUCUUCUUUGCUUCACGCUCGCUCGCUCUCACUCCACAAGGAAAGAAGAAGACCCACAAACUGGAACACAACCCACACUCUUGUCCAAACAAACCCACUCCUCUCUCUCUUAGAACGAUGCAAAUCCUUGUCCCAGUUGAAGCAAAUCCAAGCCCAAAUGACUCUCACAGGCCUUUCAUCAAACAGCUUCGCCUCAAGCCGGCUUAUCGCCUUUUGCGCCAUCUCUGAGUGGCGGAACCUUGGCUAUUGCUCUCAGAUUUUGUAUAAUUCGAAUAACCCAAAUGUUUUCUCUUGGAAUGUUGCCAUUAGAGGGUACUCUGAGAGUGAAAAUAUGGAAGAAGGGGUUGUUUUGUACAAGAGAAUGUUGAGGGAUGGUGGGUCUUCGAGGCCGGAUAAUUAUACUCAUACUUAUUUGCUUAAAGUUUGUGCUGGUUUGUCGUGGAAGUUGAUGGGGGAUGAGAUUGUUGGGCAUGUGUUGCAGAUGGGUUUUGAUUCGUAUAUGUAUGUGCACAAUGCUGUGAUUCAUAUGUUGGUUUCGUGCGGAGAAUUGAUCAAGGCACGUAAGGUGUUCGAUGAAAGUUGUGUGAGAGAUUUGGUUUCUUGGAAUUCUUUGAUUAAUGGGUAUGUUAGACGUGGGUUAGCAUGUGAGGCAUUGGGAAUUUAUCGAGAAAUGGAAGUGGAGAGAGUGAAGGCCGAUGAGGUUACGAUGAUUGGGGUGGUUUCUUCUUGUGCCCAGCUUGGGGAUUUGAAUUGUGGGAGAGAAUUUCAUCAGUAUAUUGACGAAAAUAAGUUGGAGUUGACAGUUCCACUUUCUAAUGCCCUUAUGGACAUGUAUGCCAAGUGUGGAAAUCUUGAGGAGGCACAAGCAAUAUUUGAUAGUACGGAGAAUAGAACAAUUGUUUCUUGGACUACAAUGAUUAUGGGAUAUGCCAAACUUGGGUUUCUGGGUAUUGCACGGAAGCUUUUUUACGAGCAGCCAGAAAAGAGUGUUAUUUCAUGGAAUGCAAUUAUUGGUGGUUAUGUCCAAGCCAAACACAGUAAGGAGGCUUUGGCUUUGUUUCAUGAAAUGCAGGCUAGUGAUAUUAAGCCUGAUGAGGUGACUAUGGUUAACUGCUUAUCUGCAUGCUCACAACUUGGAGCAAUUGAUGUUGGCAUAUGGAUCCACCGUUACAUCGAAAAACAUAAUAUUUUUCUAAAUGUUGCCUUAGGAACUGCUCUAGUUGACAUGUAUGCCAAGUGUGGGAACAUCACAAAGGCUCUCCAGGUUUUCCGAGAGAUGCCACAGAGAAAUUCACUGACUUGGACAGCUGUUAUUUGUGGCUUAGCCCUUCAUGGGAAGGCACAUGAUGCCCUAUCUUACUUCUUGAUGAUGAUAGAUAGUGGGUUGGUGCCAGAUGAGAUCACCUUUAUUGGGGUCUUAUCUGCUUGUUGUCAUGGAGGUUUGGUUGAAGAGGGCCGUAAAUAUUUUGCUCAAAUGAGCUUCAAAUUCAAUAUUUUCCCCAAGCUCAAACACUACUCCUGCAUGGUGGACCUUCUAGGUAGAGCUGGUCAUUUGGAAGAGGCGGAAGAGCUGAUUAAAUGCAUGCCAAUGGAGGCAGAUGCUGUGCUUUGGGGUGCAUUGUUCUUUGCUUGUCGUAUUCAUGGAAAUGUAACAAUGGGAGAAAGGGCAGCUUUGAAGCUUCUUGAGUUGGAUCCUGGUGACAGUGGAAUAUAUGUUUUGCUUGCAAAUAUGUAUGGGGAUGCAAAUAUGUGGGAGGAGGCUAAGAAGGUAAGGAAGAUGAUGGUGGAGAGAGGAGUAGAGAAGACUCCAGGUUGUAGCUCAAUUGAGGUGAAUGGCAUUGUGUAUGAGUUUAUUGUUCGGGAUAAAUCACACCCUCAAUCUGAACAAAUUUAUGAAUGUUUAGUGCAGUUAACAAGACAAUCAGAGCUCGUAUAUCCAAUAUACUUGUAAUUAGAAACAAGUAGUGCUGAAUUUAGCAAGCAAGAGGCGAGGAGAGAGGAGAGUAGAUGAUGGAUCUGAUGGAAGUUGAUAUGUUGGUACUGAAAAUUGUUCAUGAGCCAUAUUGUAAGAAAAACCUAAUGGUCGGUUUUCAGAAGGUAGCUUGUGAGCUCCAUCUCAGUUCCAUUCUUUUUGUAAGUGUCUAACUCACUGCAAAGGCUUUGCAAAGCUUGCAUUUUAUCAAGGUGGUAGAAUGUUGGUUAAAUGAUUAAAUUAUCAUUUCCUAAUAGCUUAAGCUUUAGGGAUCAAGUUGUAGUUUAUCAAGAGGCAUUGAACAUUUGGAAAAAUAUUCUGUUAAGAUUUCACUUCUGUGAAGUACACAUGCUAAGCUGUCCUUUAGUGGUUUCAGCUCAUUACCUGUUAUUCCCAGACUCCUAAGAAAAAGGCUUUGCCAUUUUUCUCUGGCAGGGCAGCUGCUCUGAUUUAUUGUGCAAAGCUUGUGUUUUGAAACCAGGAAGAUUGGCUGGUUGACUAUCUGAACCUAAAAUGGAUGGGAUAUAUACCAGGAUGUUCUUUGUCAAACUCCAACUCAGGUCUUGGUCAUUACAUGUCAGGAGGAGUAAUUCAAGAAGCUGGAAUUUCAUGAAAGAUCAGUAUCUAAAGCCAAAGGAUUCGAAAUGAGGAAAUCUGCUUAGAUAGGGGUAGCCUCUAUUGAUGAAAAGAUGAGGGUAAGUCACGUCAAAUAGUUUGGUCAUGUGCAGAGGGGAUCAAUUAAUACAUUGGUAAGAAAGAGUGAGUUGAUUCAAGUAAAGGAAAUGGAAAAAGGUAGAGGAUGACCAAAAAUAACCUUAGUGGAAGUAGUUAUAAAGGACAUAUCAAUUAAAGAAGUUACAAAAACUAUGACUUUGGAUAGAAUAGAAUAGAGAAAAAGAAUAUAUGCAACCGACCUUGACUAUCUUGUUGAGGAUCCUUAGGCCAUAGCUGCCCCCAAAAAAUAUGGGAUUAACGCUUUGUUGUUGUUGUAUUAGUAAUUUAGUAUCUAAAGCCAAAUCAAGGUAUAUUUGUUGUGACAUUUGAAUGAUCAUAGAAAAUGGAGGUCUUGUGUAAAUGGUUUGGUAGUGUUCAUGCACAUGGUUGUACUGCUUUUGAAUCUUACUGUCUCUCCCAAAACCAGUAGGUGACACAAAGGUGUAAAUAGGUGUUGUGAAUGUAAUGGAUUGAUUGAAAUCUGCAACAAGAUAAAAGUUCCAAACUGUUGGUGUUGCAGGUCUUUACCAUGAAUUCAAUCAACCGUCAAUAUCUGUAUCUUCUA